AUGUCAAACCUCUAUCAGAACACUACCUAUGUCCUUCAGACCACGUACAACUCGAUUCAUCAUCACUUCUCCACUGGCAUCCAGAUUAUCCGACGUAAUGUCAGACCAUUUCUAAUCCUCCAAGCGGGGUACUGGUCCCUCGCUUUAAUGGGCGUCGCAAUUACAUACAGAUACCCUGAAAUACAACAAAAAGUACUCGAUUCUACCAACAAAGACUUGAAUAGAUAUCAAGUUGGACGAUGGGUGAAGGAAGCAUACGAUAAUGGACACGUCCUCAAAGCAGCAGGAUGGACAUUCCUCAUUAAUCUCACGGUCGGUUCAUUCGGAUGCAUCACAUUGCCUUCUAUAAUGAUGCCGACUAGUGGGAUCCUGAUGGCUGGUGUGAGAGCGAUGACUUGGGGAUUAAUAUUCUCACCUAUUGCUGGGAAGAAAGAUGCGUUGACGUUACCUCAUUUCAUCACGAUGUUGAUAGAGGGCCAACCUUAUAUCCUGGCUGCUUUGGGAGAUUGGUUCUUGAUUAGGCGGUUUUUGGGUCAAUUUGGAUGGGAGAAGGUAGAUGGAGAAGGACAAGGUCAAAUCAGAUUGAGUGAUGAUGACAAGGAUAAGGAUAGGAAAGGAAAGAGAACAAGAACAACUUGGAGUUGGAUCCCGAUCUCAUGGCCUGGGUAUGGACAGGGAUUGAAAGAUGUUUUAUCGCUUUAUGGACCUAUCGCUGGGACAUUGGCUAUAGCAGCUAUAUGGGAGGGAUACGAGGUGAUUCAUUUCAAGAAGGGGUUCUGGUAA